AUGGACUACAGUCAUCUCGCCCCGAAUUCUCUGAAUGAGUCUGUCAAAGGCCAUCCUGAAUCAUCUCGGGAUUUUCAGAGCAGACCUUCAACUCCGGGAAUGGGACCUGACGCAGGUAUCGGAUAUGGGCGAAAGCCUCGAAAGCUUGUUCUCUGUUUCGAUGGAACAGGGAACAAGUUCCACGGUGACGAUAGUGACAGCAACAUUCUCAAGAUCUUUCGAAUGCUUGACCGUCAAGCUGACGACCAAUAUCAUUACUACCAACCGGGCAUCGGAACAUAUGUCGUCUCAGGAUCACUUACUCAUACCGGUAUUCGGGCUCGCUUUGGCUCUUGGUAUCAAAAAGCCAAAGACUCGGCAAUUGGCUCUUCGUUCGACCAGCAUGUCGUAGGAGGCUAUCGAUUCCUCAUGCGAUUUUAUAACCCCGGCGAUGAGAUUUAUAUGUUUGGUUUCAGUCGGGGAGCAUAUAUUGCACGCUUCCUAGCCGAGAUGCUCGAUUACAUCGGACUCUUGUCGCACGGCAAUGAAGAGAUGGUCAAGUUCGCUUGGAAGGCGUUCGCUCAAUGGCAAGGUCGUGAGCAAAUUCCUGAAGACGAGGAAGACUGCGACAAACCACCAAGCAAGGAGACCGAGGCUGCAAAGAAGAAGAGAGACGAAAUGUUUCAGUUCAUGAAGGGUUUUCGAGAAACAUUCUCACGUCCAGUUGGUCGUAUCCGUUUCCUUGGGCUAUUUGACACAGUCAAUUCUGUUCCAAGGUUUGAGACAGCCUGGAUGCAACGCAGCAAGUUUCCGUACACCGCACGAAGCAGCGCCAGAGUAAUUCGCCAUGCCGUCAGUAUCGACGAGAGACGAGCCAAGUUUCGUCAGGAUCUCAUGUAUCAAGAUCGACCUAAGCAGAAGGACGACAAAGGCCAUCACUUUCAUAAGGCAAUCAAUGACAUCCGCGAGGAACUCAACGGACACGAUGAUCGAGGCAGAAAAGGCGAUCAUCUAUCUCCUAAUGACAAGAGAGGUGGUCGAAAGAAGAAGAAAGGCAACGCAUAUGCGCCAUACCGAGCUCGCUCAAGAUCGUGCAGAAGACCAAGCCAAUGCGGAGACCCAGACAAUUUCUCCAACCUCUCCGGUCUGGCACUCGAUGAGAUCAACAACAUUGACGACGAUGCCGCUCAAGAUAUUGACGAAGUCUGGUUCUCUGGCGGUCACGCUGAUGUUGGCGGAGGCUGGGAAAUGCUUGAAGGCAGCAAAAGCACCAGUCACAUUCCCCUUGCCUGGAUCGUGAGAGAAGCUCAGAAAGCCGGUCUCACGUUUGACGACGAAAAGGUCGCAGAGAUGGGAUGCUGUGCUGCUCAUGAUUGGCAAGAAGCUACAGGGCGACCUCCAAUUCCUGAUCUUCGAGUCUCAAGCGGUAGUGGAGGUCCAGGUCGUGCCCCCGACAUGCCAAUGGACGAAAAAGAAGACCAUCCCAAGAACGAUUUCCACGACAUAAUGCACGGGGCAUGCACAGCUCGAAUCCACGACUCCCUCGAAUACGGCCAAGGCCUCGGUCCCUUCGCCGUAACAGCCUGGAAAAUCAUGGAGUACAUGCCUUUCCGUAGAAUGGAUCUUCAGUCCGACGGAUCAUGGAAGCCAAUCCGCUGGCCUCUACCUGGGGGUGAAGUUCGAGAUGUGCCUGAUACAGUACGAGUCCAUGGAAGUGUAAUUCGCCGUAUGAAGCUUGAUGAAAAUUAUCGGCCUGGAAACCUCAUCAUUGGCGGCGGUGGUAGGGGUGUUAGAAAGGCCUCUGCUCAGCACGGUACUGGUGAUUGGGAGUGUGUAGCUGAUCAUGGUGAUCCAGUUGGCGAGAUUUGGGUGAGAAAGAAGAAAGAUGACAGAUACCGAGAUUAA